AUGUCUCAAGAAGUCACACCAGGAGGCUACCAUUGGAUCUCAGAUGCCAUCAACAGCCUCGAUCCUGAAAAAGACUAUGAGCUCAUGUGGCGUCUGAUGUCUUGCUAUCGAUCGUCGGACUUUAUGAACAACAUGAUAUACGCCCUUACAUUCCCCAAUUUCAUUAUUACAACCCACGGUGCCCAGACUGUUUGGCGUUCAGAUGGCGGCAAAGUUAUCAAACGAGGUGCCCAACGCGUCGAAGAUACAGAGAAUUACAACAUGACUUGGUGGCAUUAUGGCCCCAGCGAUAACCGAUGCCGUGAAGCCGUGGAACAAAUCAAUAAUCUCCAUGCCUCUCUCGCCCGGCGAUUUCCAGGCAACUUCUCGUACAAUGAAGAUUUCCUAUACGUCACAACAUUUAGUGCGAUUCUAAUGCACCGCCUUCGGCUUCGACUCGGUUUAUCUGGUUUCACAGAGAAAGAGAAGGUCGCCGCUCAUCACUUUUGGCGUGACAUGACGCCUCUCUUUGUCAAAGAGGAUGGUAGCUCUAUCCACGGUUAUCCGGAUGACUUCGAAGGCUGUAUAGACUUCUGCGAAGCCUAUGAGAGUACCCCACGCGAGUUUGAUGAAAGAAUGCAGCACAUCGGUCUUGCAAUCAUGAAUCAAUUUGCGUUUCGCUACUUCCCCCCUGGACUCCGCUGGCUAGCGAUUUCCACUGUGCAAUCUCUCUCGCUUGAGACAACACUCGAAGCAAUGCGAAUCAAACCAGUGAAUCCAGUUCUUAAGUAUAUUCUUGUCUUCAUUGUUGGAACUUUAAUGAGUUUUGCUGAGACGUUUCUGCCUGAUCCCAGGGAAUCGUUCUGGAAGAAGAUUGAGACCUUAGACGCACAAAAAGCCAAGUCACGGAAAGCGGAUAUCAGAGAAAGUGACAAGGCAUAUUGUGAAUACAUCCGAGACAAAUGGAGUGCUCAAGGGUGUCCAUUCCAGAUGAAGGCUGAGUGA